CAUGACGUGAAAGGUGUUUGCGGUACCUCAGCGGCAGCUGUUCGUCACCGUUUCGGCAGUGAUUUGGAUCGAUGUUGCUUUUGCAGGAAAUUGCAUCAUAUAUCCCGCAGUGUACAAUCACAGUAUUCAAAAUAUCGAACCUUAUCAGUAUCAACCCAAGUAUCGAGUUAUUAAGAUAGUGUGUAGCCACCUGAAUCAUGGCAGAAGACAAAUCACCAGAAGAACAGAUGAACAACCUGGCUGUGAAUGAUGAUGAUGAUGUGGUGGAUCCAUGGAAUGUAUCCGGAAAGUCGGAGACUGGUAUAGACUAUGACAAAUUGAUAAAAAGAUUUGGCAGUUCCAAGAUUGAUGAUGAAGUCAUACAAAGAUUUGAAAAGGUUACUGGAAAAAAAGCUCACCACUUACUGCGGCGUGGCAUAUUUUUCUCCCACCGUGACAUCCACAGCAUCCUCAAUCUUGUCGAAGCUGGCAAGAAAUUCUACCUCUACACUGGCAGGGGCCCAUCAUCAGAUAGUAUGCAUCUUGGGCACAUGAUUCCAUUCAUGUUCACUAAAUGGCUUCAAGAUGUAUUCGACGUGCCCCUCAUAAUCCAGCUCACGGACGACGAGAAGGUGCUGUGGCGGGACAUUAAAGUGGAGCAGGCGCGGCAAAUGGCGCACACCAACGCGAAAGACAUCAUCGCUGUCGGCUUCAGUCCGGAGAACACUUUCAUAUUCAAUGAUUUGGACUUUAUUGGCCAGUGUCCCGCGUUCUACCAGAACAUGCUCCGCAUCCAGAAGUGCGUGACGUUCAACCAGGUGAAAGGCAUCUUCGGAUUCGGCGACUCUGACGUCAUCGGCAAGAUCACCUUCCCCUCCAUAGAAGCGGCGCCCGCAUUCUCCACCAGUUUCCCCUUUAUAUUCGACAAUAAAGUGGUCCCCUGCCUAGUUCCAUGCGCGAUCGACCAAGACCCAUACUUCCGUAUGACUCGCGACGUCGCCGCACGUCUCAAGAUGCCCAAACCGGCGCUACUACAUUCGUCCUUCUUACCGGCCUUACAAGGGGCUCAGCACAAGAUGUCGGCCAGCGACCCCAACGCGUCCAUCUUCCUUAAUGACACGGCUAAACAGAUUAAAAACAAGAUCAACAAGUACGCGUUCUCGGGCGGGCAGGCCACGGUGGACGAGCAUAGAGAGAAGGGCGGCAACACCGAGGUGGACAUCUCCUACAAGUACCUCACGUUCUUCCUGGAGGACGACCAGAGGCUGGCGGAGAUAAAAAAAUCGUACGAAUCUGGCGAGAUGCUAACAGGCGAGCUGAAGAAGAUAGCCGUGGACACGGUGACGCCCGUCAUCACAGACUACCAGGCGCGGCGCGCGCUCGUCACCGAUGACGUCAUGCAGGACUUCUUCCGGAUCAGGAGGAUCAAGUUCUGAACGAUUACGGUACUAUCACAAACUCGAAACAUUUUGUGUCCGAUUUUUCAGAUUUUUCGGACAUUAAAAUGGGAUGAACGCGGAAAGAUCAACGCAAA